AUGUACGUAGCAAUGUUUGGCACAGUUGCCCGAUGUUGGUUUAGUUUUGGGGAUCCAGAAGCGAGAAGUCCAAGCAGAAGCCCGAUCAGGGACCCAGAAGCGAGAAGUCCAAGCAGCAGCCCGAUCAGGGAUCCAGAAGCGAGAAGUCCAAGCAGAAGCCCGAUCAGGGAUCCAGAAGCGAGAAGUCCAAGCAGAAGCGAUCCAGAAGAAAGAAGUCCAAGCAGCAGCCCGAUCAGGGAUCCAGAAGCGAGAAGUCCAAGCAGAAGCCCGAUCAGGGAUCCAGAAGCGAGAAGUCCAAGCAGAAGCCCGAUCAGGGACCCAGAAGCGAGAAAUCCGCGCAGAAGCCCGAUCAGGGAUCCAGAAGCGAGAAGUCCAUCUUCACAACUCAAACAAGAACACGACAAGUGGCGACCAGGGAUCCAGAAGCGAGAAGUCCAAGCAGAAGCCCGAAAACAUCAUUCUUUGAUAACUGUUGGGGGGAAACAGCAGGAAAACUCAUAUUUCGAGUAA